AGAUGAAUAAUCUUUCCUUUAGUGAACUGUGUUGCCUGUUCUGUUGUCCGCCAUGCCCAGGGAAAAUUGCCUCCAAACUGGCAUUCUUACCUCCUGAUCCCACGUACACACUGAUGUGUGAUGAGAGUGGUAGUCGCUGGACUUUACAUCUCUCAGAGCGAGCAGACUGGCAAUAUUCUUCUAGAGAAAAAGAUGCCAUUGAGUGCUUCAUGACUAGAACAAGUAAAGGUAACAGGAUUGCCUGUAUGUUUGUGCGUUGCUCACCUCACGCCAAGUAUACUUUGCUCUUCUCACAUGGAAAUGCUGUUGACCUAGGUCAGAUGAGCAGCUUUUACAUAGGACUGGGUUCACGGAUUAAUUGCAACAUAUUCUCAUAUGAUUAUUCUGGAUAUGGUGCAAGUUCUGGGAAGCCAACAGAGAAGAAUCUGUAUGCUGACAUUGAAGCUGCUUGGGUGGCUCUUAGGACAAGGUACGGAAUCCGCCCUGAAAAUGUGAUUAUAUAUGGCCAGAGUAUAGGAACAGUACCAUCCGUGGAUCUUGCUGCUAGGUAUGAAAGUGCUGCUGUAAUUCUUCAUUCUCCACUGACCUCAGGAAUGCGAGUAGCCUUUCCUGAUACGAAGAAGACCUAUUGCUUUGAUGCAUUCCCAAACAUUGACAAAAUUUCUAAAAUAACCUCUCCUGUGUUAAUAAUCCAUGGGACUGAAGAUGAAGUAAUUGACUUUUCACAUGGCCUAGCAUUAUUUGAGCGUUGCCAGAGACCUGUAGAACCACUGUGGGUAGAAGGAGCAGGCCAUAAUGAUGUGGAGCUCUAUGGACAGUAUCUUGAAAGAUUAAAACAGUUUGUGUCACAGGAACUGGUGAACUUGUAAUUUUCUCUGUAUAUUUACAUGCUUUUUCAUAUCACUGCAGAACUGCACACCUUGAUAUAACGUAACAUAAAACCUGAAGGUUGUGUUUUCAAAUCAUCUUGGUUGCCUUCGUUAAAUGUACAGGUAAUGAUUUGUCAACAUAAUUAAUGAAGGUUUUAAUGCCAGUAUUAUAAACUGGAAUUACAUGAUCACGCGGUCAAGCUUGGCAGUUCAUACUACUUUGUGUGAGGUUUUCUUCUUAGAUGUACAAAAAAAAAAUUCCCAAGGAGUACUGUAUGAAACCUUAAUUAUGUAAAAUCAAAUGCUGUAAAAGUGUUGCCAAAUGCUUUAGCAUAUAAAAAAAAAGUUUAUAAAUAUUUUUUAAACAUCUCAAAAUGUACUGUGACUUACUCUAUUGCACAGGUGUAAAUUAAAAACCAGACUUCUAAGCAGUUGUUCUGUAAAAAUGUAAUAGCCAUGAAACUUGAGCAAAUACUAAUGUAUGUAAUAAGAAUAGACAGUCACUGGAAAUGACCCAUUCCCU